UAAAAAAAAACGGUAAAGUGCGAAGGUGAAAAUUCUGCCCACACUCUGGCAGUCUCUCAAAAACUAACGGUUUAGACAUUAGGUGAAAAAGCUCGCUCACCUCGCACAUGCGUGUGUGUGCGUGUGCGUGUAACUGUCGAUGACUGUAUGUGUGUGUAUGUGUGCGUUGGUUUUAGCAUCCUGUAGCAAGUUCUUCACUCAAGGAUAACAGUCGUAAAAGCACAACAAUUUUGAAGUGAAAUAUCAGUUCGGUUGAGUUGAUUUCUGUUUUCGGGUCUAAUUGAAAAGCGUUCAACAAAGGGAAUAUAUUGAAAAGCCAAUGUACCUGCUUCCCAUUGCCCUUUUCAUGCUAAUCAACAAUUGCAACAGUUUUGUGGCCAGGCCAAGCGUAAGUCAGCAUUUUACGCGGUAUUAUCAUCUGUGAAUCAUUGGCGCAGCAGUUUCUAGUUGGCGGUGCUCUAUGAAGACAAUGUUUCAAUAGAGAUGGCCAUACUUUCACGACGUGCUCCGUCGUCUGCAGCAACGCCGUCAACAGCAACAACAGCAACUGCAACAACAACAACAACAAGAACAACAAGAACAACAGCAGCUAGUCAUGCCCGCGGCUCAGCCCAGCCACAACAACUGCAACGCAUCGCCCGUGCAUCCAACAACAAUAACAACCAUAAGAACCCUCAACUGGCCGCCUUUGUUGAUCCCGACGCAAAUGGUGUACACGAACCGUUCUCAGCAUCACCGGCACCGCCGGCGUACUCCAAUCACAACAGCAACACUGCCGCCAUUAGCUCCUCCUCCACAGCAACACCUCAUAAGCCCACUCCGGCCACGGCCAAGCCCUAUUUGCCACUACUGCCGCCCGGCGAGCGCAAUCUGACCGAUGCGGAAAAUGCCGCCGAACGGGCGCGCAUACGUGAGGAAUUCUUUGCCACCUACGACGUGAUGACGGGUGUGCGCAUUGCGGCCACGCUUGGCGGUUUCUUUGGUCUGAUGGUGUUCCUCAUCGUCUGGAAAAGCCGCAGCAGUAGCAAUGAGACGCUCAAGGUGCUAAAAGAUCCCAAAAUGGCAGCGGUGGCCGCUGUUUGCAUGCAGGAGGAGGAGGAGCGCGAACUACAGGAGGCAAUCGUUGCCACGGGCAUGUCCAUCUACCCGGACGAGUAUGAUGCCCUGGUAUAUAGACGCCAGCGCAUGCUCUCCCUGGGCAAUGUAAGCGCGCCCCCGCUGCUCAAUCGCGGCUAUCGCUGCGCAUCCGUGGGUGGCGUUGGUGUGCCCGGUCCGGUGGGCUAUAGCUAUCUGCUGGAGCCAUCGCGUCGCUUCUCCUACUCGGCUAUGUCACCCGGCGGCGGUGCUUCUGGUUCGCACGGACGUCGCAAGAGCGGUUCGGAAUCUUCGCGCAUCUUUAGCAAUUAUCCAAUGGGCGGCAGCUUUGGCACUGACGACUACUUUAUGGAAACCGAGGACGAACUGGAGCACGAGGAGUAUAUGCAGUGUGACGCACAGAACGACGAACAGGAGCAGCUGCACAAACGCACAGAUUCCACGCGCAGCAAACAGGGAUUUCUAUCCGUGCCGAUGGCGGGUCAGGAUUCGCGUCGCAGCAGCGCGAUGACUUGUUGCAGCACGGAUAGCUCCUACCUGGAGCGUCGCACCUCGGCCUAUACGCUGGGCAUGAGCAAUCUGCCGCCGACGCUGCAGCGCAAAUUGUCGACGGCGUCGCGCACAUCGAGCAUAGAGAACUGGGACUACUAUUAUCCGGACAUACAGGUGAUACAGCCGACGCCCAAGGCCUCGCCAUGUCCAUCGGAGCGCAGCAUACAUGAGCCAGCGCCAGCGAAAGGCACUCCACUUGGUCUAAGCGCGCCCAGCAUCAAGCGCAAGCACAGCAUUGUCUCGUAUGAUCCGGAGAGCGCACAGGCCGGACGCAAGCAACAGAUUCACUCGAUCAGCGCGGACACGGUGGACGUGUAUCCCUAUAAUCAGAGCACGCUGUCGGAAAUCGUGGACUUGGGUCUGCCGCUGGCCAAGCCGCUGCAAUCAGCGCCGCCCGCCAGUCAGCACCAGCCGCAGGCCUUUCAUUUCUGCGACUCGCCCUCGGAGGAGCUGCGUCUGGGCGUGCGUCGCAAGCUGACAUUGGUCGAGCUGCAGCGCAAUGUGGAGAGCAACAACAACAGCUAUCCGUAUACGCCAAAUGCGGCUGCGCCGGGCAAUGCCACCUCCAGCAGCAUCAGUGUGGACAGCACGCCAAUCAGUCUGGAUCGGCUGAAUGGCGGCAGCGCCAGCCUGGACACCAUUUCGGCCAAAAUGCUGCACAAUGCGCUGGUGAAUGAGGGCAAGCGUGCGCCGCUUGCCUCGUUAAGUUCCUUUAAGAUCUCCUCGCUGGAAUGCCCAGAUUCGGAGCUGCGCUCACUCGACGAGGACUCGGUGUUUGGGCUGGAGGAGAGCGCCGCCGAUACGGACGACGAUAUGCAGCAGCUGAGCAGCGACAGUGAGGAGCACAAUCUAGCGCUGGCUGCGGCGCAGGCGGCGCAGGCGACGCAACCGCUGCCACAGCCACAGGCAGUCGUGUUGCCCAUCAAGCGACUCAGUCUGAGCGCUGUGCCCAUGAUGGGUGCACGUCCCAGACGUCCGCUGCUGCAGCGUCAUCGCACCAUUAGCGCUUCCUCCAGUGAUCGGGCCGCCAUGGCGCCGCCAUUGGAAACGCAUUUCGGCGCUGUCAUCUACAGUCCGCCGCAGCGUCGCGCACAGCUGCUGCAGCAGCACAGCGAUCCGCAGACGACAACGACAACAACAACGACAACCACCACAACCACUGAGGAGGACACAUGCUCCACGCUGAACACUGAGCUGGGCAUGAUGGAUGCGGUGGCUGCUGCUGCAUCCGGUUCGAGUCCCUCAGGCUGUGGUGGCGAUACGCAAUACAGCAGCCUCAAUACGGUCAUCAGCGUGGGUCACUCCACCAGUCCAAGUCCACAGAUGGACAAUCAUUAUGUGUGUUCCAGUGGCCCGGCCACAAAUCUACCGCUUGCCGCUAGCCAUGGCCCAGCAGUAACAGUUCCACAGCAACUAGCACAACUGCCAUCCAACAGUAGACUGGGCCACGAUCCGUGCGCCUCCUCCAUAUCGGACUCAGUGAUAGCCACCAGCAGGCCGCAAAGCAUAUGCAUGCCCUCAACGCUAAAGGAGCUCAUCCUGCGCGGCGGCGGCGGCAGCGGCGCCGGGGCUAGCAAAAGUGCUCACAAUCUCAACCAGCACAGUAGCGAGAUAACAGCGACGCCGGCUGUUAUGCUGGAGCUGCCGCUCAUUCGGCUGCCAACCGACGAAGAUGAUGAGGAGGAGGAGGAGGAGUUGGGGGUGCAUGGGGCCGAUGGGCUUAGUGUGGAGGAGGAGCGUGAUCCCAGUCUGCCCGGCACCACCAGAAAGUGGUCGAAAGAGACGCUAUUCUAGCCCGGCUGGUGGCCGUUCCAUACAAGAGCUUAACAACUGACUUUUAGGGUAGUCACCCGGAGCUAGCAGGGUUGCCUAGCCAAGCGGACAACAUAAUGCGUUUUGUUUGGGCUAGAGCCCUGCAUCGGUUAAAUCACUUGCAUAAAACUGGGAUACUCAAUCGAUUUAGUCGAUAAGCGACGGACUCGAGCUUUCAAUUAUCGAGGUGAGCAAUGUUUGAAUAAAUUAUUCACUUAAACCGACGACAUCCAUUCAAACGAGGUUCGAACUGCUCGAGUCAGCAACAUGUUCGAUACGGUUCAAGCUUAUUUUUUCGAUUGAAUCGAAAUUUCGUUUGAGUACUCGCCCAACCGAAAUAAUUGUUCGAGUAUCCGAAACGCGAUGCAGGGCUCUAGUUUGGGUAUUACGCAUAGAAAUAAAAAUGAAAAAAAGCAAAUUCGUUUAGAAAAACCGAAAAAGUAAAUCAGAAGAACAACAACGUAUUCGUACUUAGAGACUGUUGUCUAUUAUUGUUAAUAGAACUCUAAAAUUUAAGUAGUGAUACUCGGAUUUAUUUUUCACACUAUCUAUUAAAUACAUACCAUACAAAUAUAUGUAUAUUUAUAUACAUAUUGUGCGCAACAGAGCAAAUGUUUAUACAUAUACAUUAUAUAUAUAUAUCGAGAUAUAUAUAUUUCUAUAUAGUACUCGUAGUUUGCCAGCAGCCAGCAGCAGAUAUCAGUCUCCCUCACUUUAUUUCUAAAAUGAAAAACAAAACAAAAGAAAAGAAAAACAUUCUUCUACUAGUGUCUUAAAAAGCAGCCAACAAAGAAAUCUAAAUAAUGAAAUACUUGAAGUAUUGUAAAUUAGAAUUUUAUAUAGAUUGUGCACAGAGCAAGAACUUUGCAACAUAUGAAAACUUUAACUGAUGUACACUGACAGAAACAAGCCUAAACAAACCUACAUAGAUGAGAACUUAAAGACGAUAAGCAUUAGUCGAACUAAAUAGCUGUUGCUUGCUUUCUACAUUUCUAGAAUCUUUCUCUUCCUUAGCACCUACUUCGCAUUUCCCAACUCUUCCGAGACAAAUUAAAUGGUAAUUCGAAAGCAAAUUGUUGAAUCAUGCAAAUAAAAUCUAGUUGUCAAAAAGGAAAUAUAAGCAAAAAAGUAAAUAUAGCGUUACGUAAGCAAA